CACACCCCCUAUCUGUGUGAGCGGAGAGAGUGGAUGGGAGGGAGAGAGAUGGAAUGUGAGAAAGAGAGAGCGAGAGACAGGAAGUUCACACAUCUGAUUACUUUUCUCUGGCCACUUCACCCAAGUGACACAAUGACUUAUGGCUGGAGUUUCAACACUUAGAUACACAGACACACUCACACACUCACAGGAAAGACGGAGAAGAUCGUCUGUAAACUAAAGACACACAGUUUAGAACUAUGAACCUCCACGCUUUGUUCAACCACUGAAGCUAAACAUGCUGGACAGCUACUUCUGAAGCAUCUCAACUCAUAGAGUUCCCAGUUGACUUGAAAGCACCAUAAAUCCAGAGGAUGCCAGACUUUGAUGACAACGUUUCAUUACAAAAUUUACCCACAAGAAGGACUGCCAGCACAACAUUCCUGUUCAGGUGAGCACAGCACAACACGAAUGACACCAAACACCACCCUUCCAUUCGUCCUCGUCACCUCAGCCACCCAAGAUGACAAAGCCAAGGUGGUGGACAUCGAGGCCAUCAUGAACAACUUAAUCAUUGUCCUUUACACACUGACCAUUGUAUUAGGCACCACGGGCAACUCUGUAGUCAUCUGGGUGGCAGGCUUCAAGCUCAAGCCCACCGUCACCAAUGUGUGGCUGGUCAACCUGGCCGUGGCCGACCUCAUCUUCUGCCUGAGCCGUGUGCUCUCGCUGACCAAGAAGCUCUUCUUCGACUACUGGCCGUUCGGCAUCUUUUUAUGCAAGUUCAACGGCUUCUUCAAGUAUGCCAACAUGUUCUGCAGUGUGUUCCUGCUCGCUGUCAUCAGCUUGGACCGGACGCUCUGCGUCUGGCACCCUGUCUUUACCAAACGGCGUAGGACGAUCUGCGCCGCCCGCCUGGUGAGUGCCGGCGUGUGGGUGGUGGCGGCCAUUUUGAGCGCCCCCUACUUCGCCUACCGCCAGGUUUACCUCGGCAAGAACAACCUGAGCAAGUGCUCGCUAGAUGUCAAGGAGUCAACGAAAGGCGAUAACAGUGCUAAGCUAGCGCUCUACCUAAUGCGCUUCCUAUGCGGUUUCCUGCUUCCUUUCCUCAUCAUCCUCUGCUGCUACAUCCUGGCAGGGCUAGGCAUCAGACGCACCCGCCUGUUGGGCAAGUCACGUCCCCUCCGUAUCCUGGCAUCGCUGGUCUGUGCUUUCUUCCUGUGCUGGGCGCCCUACCACUGUCUCCUACUGGUCAAGAUGGUGAAGAGCAACAGUAUGGUGGUGAAGGUGGGGCUGACCGGGGCCACAGGCUUUGCCUACUUCAACAGUUGUGUGAACCCGCUGCUGUACUUCUGUAUGGGGUUGGACAUGAGAGGGUCAAGGUUCAGGCAGAGCUUAGAGGGGGUGUACCGGAGAGCACUAGCCGAUGACAGAGAUGGUCGAAACACGCAGUCCAACGAGCGCACAGUGGAUGAGAGUUCUGGCUCUGCAUCACGACUUGCAAUGGUGAAUGUGGCCAAAGUCUGUGGGAAGUCACAUUUGGUAUGAGGAGGAGUUCAUGUCCUUAUUAGAUCACAGGCUAAUUAACAGUGAAUAGCUGAAUAGCUUGUGUAGACAAACAUUUUUCAUAUUUUUUAUCAGUUAGGAUACAAAUAGACAUAGGGUAACUGUGAAUUUCUGUAAAUGCCUCAGGAAAUAAUUAUCACACGUUCGAAGUGUUAUGUGAUGAAAAUCACAGAAAGAAAGUGGAACUGUGCCUGGAAAAUAGAAAAUAAACUGUCAGGAGGAAGUGAUACAACUUCUGGGGAAAGUCAUAGAUGACUUCAAUCAUGCUGUUUUACUAAGUGUAAGUGGCAAAUAUUCUUAUACAGGUACUUACCGGUGUAAACUACAAAAUUAUCCCAAUUUGAUAUGUUGCUUAAGGGACAGCUCACAAUUUACUGGGGGGUGGUCCAAAAUAGGGGAGGGUUGUCAAACUUUGUCUUUGUUGCUUUGUGGUGGGUUGUGUGUUUUUUUUAUUGAGCACAGGCCAAUAUAGUCUACCAGUCUAACGGUCUAUCCAGCAUUCAUAGUGACAAUAGUGGUAGAUGGAUCAUUUGUCCAGAUCUGCAAUAGGCUAACUAACAAUCACACCUCACAUAAAACAUUCAAAACUGCACCUCAUUCACUCUCAUUGAUGAUUAAAAGGGGGGGGGGGGUAAAUAAAGAGUUGAGAGAAAAUAUGAAGAAAGGUGAAAGGGAGUCAGAAGAAGAGGAUGUGAUCUGGACAACUUGACUUGAGGAAGCGUGGUGGUCGCUGGUUUCUCUUUUAGUCACCACAUUGCUCCUCCUAGACAGACGGUUUCUAUCAUGUCUCAGUCACAUGACUGGUCUCUCCUUCAGACAAACUGUAUCAGAGGUGAACAGAGGCUCACUUCCUGACUCUCUCUCUCCCUCCCUCCUUCCCUGUCUCUCUUUCUUUCUCUCUCUCUCUCUCUCUCUCUCUCUCUCUCUCUCUCUCUCUCUCUCUCUCUCUCUCUCUCUCUCUCUUCUCUGCUCUCUGAUUAUAUUUUUAAGAAAUAAAAAGUAUGAAAGAGACAAUUCAGCUGACAUCUAUUUAUCUUUUGAUAAAUAUUCUCAAUGAGAAACUCAAAACUGUUUUCCUGUAUUGUCUGAAACUGUGUAGCUAGCGUUGUCAUUCAUGAAAGGCCUAAACGUCCAGGAUGCAGAGAAACAGAAAUCCCCCUCAGGACAAUGGAGGAAAGGAACAUACAUGGAUGGGAACAAACAGAACAGACCAGCCAGCCGCACCCUCCUUCCUCUCAUCUUUUUGAUGCUCUGCCCUUUUUCAAUGUAAAAUUAUUUUUUUAAUCAAUGAGAGUUAAACAAAUUGACCAAUUGCCAUUGUUGAGAAAGUACCAUGCCAGCUGAUAUCACAUUCUUCAACCAACAUGUUGACCUAUAGGAAGAGGGAACUCCUACUGUAUUACUGAUUCAUUUCAUUUGUCAUGAGUCAGCAACACACAUCCUCUAUAGUUGCUUUUUCACUGAUCUAUCAUUCACAAGGGGGAACAAACAGAGGUUUUCUUCUCUUGCCUUGUUGUCUUCCCUUGCUAGCAAGUUGGCUAAACACUGUUAGCUAACUAGCCUUUUGAAAUAAUCAGAUUUUUUAUGAAAUAAUGUUAAAUGGCAAUUACUUAUACUUUCUGAUGCAACGUACAACAUUAUCCCAGUUUAAUAUUCUACUUCAAGGUAUUGGCUCCCCUAUCAGCUAAAAAUAGAAUGUCAUAAUUGUUAUGUCAUAACAGGCUUUUUACAUUUUUUUGUUGUUCUGUUUUUACAUUUCAAAAUGAGGGGAUUCUAAUAAGGCUACAAUCUUGUCCAGUGCCAACCCCUCA